GAAACCCUUGUUGUUGGUCAUAAAAUCCGACAGCAGAAAAGUUUUAUUUUAACUAUAAAUUAAUUUUGAUUUAAUCGAUAAAAAGCAGUAAUUAAAUCCUGGUGAAAAAAAUACGUGAAAAACAAUCAGCCCUUUGGACUAUUGAUCCAUACAUUUUCCAAACUCUCAUUCGAUGAUAUUUUAACAAGGACAUUUAAAUGACCGAACUAUGAAUCGUUAUAUAACCUUAAGUCAACUGGGUGAUGGUACCUAUGGCACUGUAGUGCUAGGACAACGAAAAGACACUGGAGAAAAAGUUGCCAUUAAACGCAUGAAAAGAAAAUAUUAUUCAUGGGAAGAAGCAAUGAAUCUGCGAGAAGUCAAAUCUCUCAAAAAACUAUCCCAUCCAAAUAUUGUGAAACUUAAAGAAGUUAUAAGAGAAAAUGAUACAUUAUAUUUUGUAUUUGAAUAUAUGAAAGAAAAUCUUUAUCAAAUGAUCAAAGAUCGUGAGACUCACUUGCCAGAACCAACCUUAAAAAGUAUAUUAUUUCAGGUUUUUACCGGUUUGGCUUUUAUGCAUCGACAUGGAUUUUUUCAUCGUGAUUUAAAACCCGAAAAUUUACUUUGCUCCGGUCCAGAACUAAUAAAGAUAGCUGAUUUUGGUCUAGCAAGGGAAAUACGCUCAAGACCACCCUUUACCGAUUAUGUGUCAACAAGAUGGUAUCGGGCUCCAGAGGUUUUAUUACACUCAACCACUUACGGCAGCUCUAUUGAUAUGUGGGCCAUGGGUUGUAUUAUGUCUGAAUUAUAUACAUUUCGCCCCUUAUUUCCUGGGAGCAGCGAAGUUGAUCAACUUUAUAAAAUAUGUUCCGUUUUAGGGACACCAGAUAAGAAUGAUUGGCCCGAGGGUUACAGAUUAGCAGCAGCCAUACAUUUUCGAUACCCCGACUGCGUGCGAGUACCUUUAAAUUCGAUAGUAACACGAUGCAGUCAAUCUGGUUUGGAUCUACUUGAAGAUUUGUUGCUCUAUGAUCCAGAUAAAAGACCGACGGCACAACAGAGUCUUAAAUAUCCAUAUUUUAAUGCUAUGAAACGUAUAUCACCAGCAGCAGCUACAAAGGCCAAUGUCAAGUUGACUGCCAAAUAUGGCAACAACUCGAAUUUGACACAUAAUUUGUCAAGCAAUGUGCUUCCGGUGCAAGAGAAACUACAAACUCUUACCGAAAUAAUACAACGUAGUAAUAUGAAUAAUAAAAAUAACAACAACAAUAAUAAUAUCAAUAAUAACAACAAUAACAAUACCGAUAUCUCAGCGGCCAAUUUAAGUAGUUCAAAAAAUGGUCAUAUUAUAGUACAACAAGCCAAAAAUGUCAGCCAAAUACCGAAAAUAAGUUUUCUAACAAUGAACUCAAAUGAUUUGAUAAAUCCACCGCAACAAAAAUUUCAACAAAAAUCCCUAAACGAAUCGGGAUCAGUGAAAAGUGAAACAAUACGUUAUAAUACAAUAUUGGCACCCUCGAGUAAUAUUUACCUAAGUACCGGAAAUCUUAAUCAAAGUACUGAUAAUUUGUCACGUAAUGAAUCGAUAAACGAUAUAUUUCUAAAUCGUAAUAUAUCGCAACUCUUUGGCUUAAGUCAAACUCCAGCCUCAAACGUACAGCCACAACAUCCGAAUGUGUCAUUUCACAGUAACAAUGUUAUGGGUAAUCGGGGCAACAAUGCUAUCUAUGUCAAUGGCUCACGAAAUUAUGCACUUUACGAAACUGCAGCCAAAAAUGCUAAAAAUUCAGCAAAAAUUGGUGGUUACUAUGUUUAUACGAGACCAUCACAAGAUUAUGGUUUAAAUGAAUCUAGCAAAGUUUAUAAUAUGUUUUCAAAGGUGGGUGUGAAACAAAAUAAUCCUCCGGCAGAGCUGAUCGUACGCAACUCCUAUGAACCCACUUUAAUGGGAAGUAAGGUGUUUGCCAGUAAUGAGCGUUUAUCGGCACGAUCACAAAUCGGUCGUUAUGGCGCAAAUCGAAAGGAAAGAGAAAAUGAUAUGUUUUUGGAUACUGAUGAAUCUAACUAUGAGAACAAUUCUAAACACAAUGAAAAUGAUGACGAAUUGGAUACAAUAUUGGGUACGAAACUUAAAAGCUCGGCGAAGAAGCAAAGAAAUCUUAAAUCAAAUAUUCUCUUAGAAGAUCUUUUUGGUCAUCUAUCAAUGGAUUCAGAUGUGAGUGAUAACAAGUUUCCAGAUCAACUGGUCACGGAUCGUACAUCGAAUAUUCCAAUAAAAAAGCAUACGAAUCCUUUGAGUAGUAUCGAAGCAAAUAACGGCAGUAGAACAGAUUCUUUUGCAACAACUGCAGACCUUUCACCCAAAGAUCACAACAAUUUGUAUUCGAAUGAUGAAGACGAUUGCCAAUUUUGGCCCAUAAGAGCCAAAUUUCAGGGAAACCAAAACACGCAGUUCCCCUGGGAUGAAACAAAUAAAACAGAGGAUGAAAAACUAACAGCCUGGAUGGUAUCCGACAAUGGUAAAUUGAAAUAUGCAAACAACAUUUAGAGAAUGUAGGAAAAAUAAUCACGAAAUCGAUCAACUAAACUAAUUAUGCUCAAAACUAAACAUUUUGCAAAUAGUCGACACUUGUGUAUAUAAAAAGAAACCAACAUUUCUAGUUAAAACGUACAUCCAGUAGUUACUGCAAAAAGUAAAUGACUUGAAUAUUUACUUUGAAACGCCUUAAAUAAGACACAAACAAACAAAAAAAUUAUGUUUACCAUUUAAAUUUCAUUUAGAGUUAGGAUCCAUUUUAGAAAAUUGUACAACAAAUGGAACGCACUGUUUUCAUAACCAACAACUACAACAGCCGACAUAUCAUCAAGAAAAUAUAACAGCUAUUCGUUAAGGACUUCUUCAUCCUUGUACCUGAAUAAUUAAAUAAAUAAAUAAUAAGUAGUAAUUUUUAAGCUUUAACAUUUAAAAAUUAUUACCGUAUUCCUAAUUUCUGAGGAAUAAUAUUUUAAAUCUGCAAAAAGCCUGGAAUGAUCGAUAAAAAAAUCCAAUGUGUUGUGUUAACAUUUUAAAUUGAUUUAUUUUAAUGAAGUUUUACUAAAAUUUUUGUCAAAUUAUCACAAACUAUCAUCAAGAUAAUCUACUCCAAACUCUUUUAAUAAUUUUUUAAUUAUUCUCAAUACAGUUCGACUCAAUUUUAGAAUUCAAUUUGCAUGUCAUUUUUUGAAAAAGUUUUGUCAUUUUAUAGUCUCUUGGCUUCUGCAUUAAAAAUUACUACUUCGAUUAGUCUGGUGAGACCUCGAUCAGUGUACACUAAACAGGUAUAUGCAAUCGAACAGCUGAUAAUUUUUUUGUUUUCUUAUUUGCAUACCUUCUCUGUCAAAAUAUGUUUUUGUUUAUUUGAAACAAAAUAAAAUUUUAAUAAUAAAAAAAUUUAAAAUGUUUAGUUUGUAAAAAAAUAAUAUUGUUUGCACAAAAAAUACAUUUCAACCAUCUUCCGCAUUGCGCCCUUUCUGAGGUCCGCUGUCUUUAGCCAAACUUCAUCCGUUUAGAAUAGAACUUUAAUGGCACAAAUCAGGUCAUUCCAGAUAUCAACUAUCCCCCGUAUUGCGCACGUUGAGAAGGCUGUCUUUAGCCACACUUUGGUAGCCACAACACAACUUUAUUGGCACAAAUCAGGCCAAUUCAGAUAUCAACAAUUUUUAGUAUUGCGCCCGUUUUCGCCCACUUUCGUUUGCCAAACUUUUGUAGCUAAAGAUACAAAUUUCGUGGCACAAAUCAGGUUAUUCCAAAAUCUUGCUUUUGUCAGGUCCUCUGCCAAUUCAUCUGUAGCAUUUACCAAUAGCAUCCACCUUAAUAUAAGUAUAUAAACAUGCAUAUCCCUUAAAAUUCCAUUUAAAUCACUGCAUGUUUUUUGAAAUAAAAUUAAGAAUUUUUUUAAAAUACAAACAUCAAAAAAUAUUUUAA